ACUGAGUAAGCCACAAAACCUUGAGCAUCUGUGUCACUUGCAGCCCUGCCAGUUACUUGGGGACCCAAGAAGAGAGCCUGGAUGCCAUCUGACAUAACGGUUUUCCCUGCUGCGUUGGGCCACGGAGAGUAAAGCACCUGUAGAGGCUGAUCCCAAUGGCGGCAUGGUGCUGCUCAAAAAGGAGAAGCCGGAAAUGGAGCCAAGAGGCCAGUGGAGUAAUAAAAUGGAGUUUAUGCUCUCCGUGGCUGGGGAGAUCAUCGGCCUGGGCAAUGUCUGGAGAUUCCCUUAUCUCUGUUACAAAAAUGGAGGUGGUGCCUUCUUUAUCCCCUAUUUCAUCUUCCUCUUCACCUGUGGGAUCCCAGUGUUCUUCCUGGAGACAGCGCUAGGACAGUACACCAGCCAGGGAGGGGUCACCGCCUGGCGGAAGAUCUGCCCUCUCUUUGAAGGAAUUGGAUACGCCUCACAAGUCAUCGAAUCCUAUCUGAAUAUCUACUACAUCGUCAUCCUGUCCUGGGCUAUCUUCUACCUGUUCAGCUCCUUUACUGCUGUGCUUCCCUGGGCCACCUGUAAUAAUCCUUGGAACUCAGAUCGCUGCGUGGACUUUCUGAAUCACUCUAACAUGGAGAACUGGACAGCGCCAGCUAAUGCCACCUCCCCCGUUACUGAGUUCUGGGAGAAGCGAGUCCUGGGACUCACAGAUGGUAUUCACAAUCUGGGCACUGUGCGCUGGGAGCUGGCUCUCUGCCUCCUGCUCGCCUGGGUCAUCUGCUACUUCUGCAUCUGGAAAGGAGUCAAGUCCACAGGCAAAGUUGUUUACUUCACUGCAACAUUUCCCUACUUGAUGCUUUUUGUCUUGCUGAUUCGAGGGGUCACCCUGCCUGGUGCUGCUGAGGGGAUCAUGUUCUACCUGAAGCCUGACAUUUCCAGGCUUGCAGACCCACAGGUGUGGAUGGAUGCAGGCACUCAGAUCUUCUUCUCUUAUGCUAUCUGCCUGGGAUGCCUGACCGCUUUGGGCAGCUACAACAAGUACAACAACAACUGUUACAGGGACUGCUUCAUGCUGUGUUUCCUGAAUAGUGCCACCAGCUUUGUGGCUGGCUUUGCUAUCUUCUCUGUGCUGGGCUUCAUGGCACAAGAACAGGGCGUGCUCAUUUCAGAAGUGGCCGAGUCAGGUCCCGGCCUAGCAUUCACUGCAUAUCCAAAGGCUGUAACGAUGAUGCCUGUGUCUCAGCUCUGGUCCUGUCUAUUUUUCCUUAUGCUGAUCUUCCUGGGACUGGACAGCCAGUUUGUCUGUGUUGAGAGCCUGGUGACGGCCAUUGUUGACAUGUACCCAGAAGUUCUCCAGAGGAAAGGGCGCCGGGAGCUGCUGAUCCUGGCCAUUGCAGUCAUAUGCUAUCUGCUUGGGCUGAUGCUAGUCACUGAGGGUGGAAUGUACGUCUUCCAGCUCUUUGAUUAUUAUUCUGCCAGUGGUACGUGCCUACUGUUCCUCACCAUUUUUGAAGUCAUCUGUGUUGGCUGGGUGUAUGGUGCGGACCGUUUCUAUGACAACAUCGAGGACAUGAUUGGUUAUCGGCCGUGGCCGCUGAUUAAGAUGUGCUGGCAGGUUGUCACCCCUGGUGUUUGCCUGGCAACCUUCCUAUUUUCACUGAUCAAGUACACCCCCCUCACAUACAACAACUGGUACGUGUACCCUCUGUGGGGCUACGCUCUGGGCUGGUUGAUGGCUCUCUCUUCCAUGAUCUGCAUUCCACUCUACGUCAUUUUCAUCCUGCUGAAAACCAGGGGAUCACUAAAGAAGGUAAAAGAAGGUCUGGAACUUCUAGGUCCCAGAUUCAAAUCCAGCCCAGGUCAUCAGUGACUAAAGACUGUAGGCUAAAGCAACUCACUUCCCCAGCGGAGGACUUGCCUCAGCCAAAGAAGCACC